UAUUUCAAUUGUUCAACGUUUGAAACACAAGAGCAGGCGGUAUCGAUUUUCCCGGUGUAGCGGCUUUAACCUUCAGUUCAGGGCUAUCAGACAUCAUUCCCUUAGUAUACUUCUUUCUCUCCUCAGCGAAUAGAGUUCUUUCCAAUGGUUUUCACUUAGUAACUUCCUUUGUAGUUUUCACCGAUAUCUAACAAUCUUUGGGGAUAAUAAUAUAGUUUCGUAAUUUGUUUUUAUGUUAUCUUCAACUAUUUCGCAAAGGACUUGACGCGUGCCUCACAGUACAGAGUACAGCGUUUGGUAGCAGGUUAACCAGUGACUACUAUUAAAGUAAAGGAGUAACGAUUAGUGCUACAAAAUGAAACACUUACCAAUUGUGGUAUUAGCGAUUUUGUCCGUCUUCGUCUACAACACUUCAGCCCGCAAUUUUACGUGGGGUAAUCCAAGCCCAUUUGAUUCUAUCCUGGAUCGGGCUAUAGUUAUCAAAAAGUCAAAAUGGAAUCGGGUCGUUACUGAGCACUGUUACUACCCGAAGGAGGGACUGUACAAUUCUUGGACUAUCACUGGAAUUCGUGUUACUGACCAAUACACAAAUGGGAAGGGAGGUUUAGCGAUUCUGUUGUGGGGCGGACCAGGCUAUAAGAAAGCCAAAAUUCUCUUGAAAUCUCGGAUGGGUCAUGGCUUUCAUUUUAUCAUAGAAAUUUAUGGCUACAGAGACUUUGAAUGACUUUGGAUUGCUUCUAUAUAAAAGAUACUUAAUUUGUAAUCAUUUGACUAAUAUUAAAAAAAUAAUAAUAUUUCAACAAAA